CUCUCUCUCUCUCUCUCUGUCUGCAGCCUCCAAGAACAGCCGCCGCAUCAUUUUUUUCAGAGCGGCAGCCCCCUCCCUCCUUUCUUGCCUCCAUCCUCUCUCUUUGCUGCUUGCACCACUGUGGGAAUGCAGCGAAGGUAAACGUAUCGUAAAUACUUCUUCCCCCCCCCCUCCUCCUGGAUUUAUUCUCUAACAGUGUCGGACUAAAGGCAGACAGCUCCGGCGAUACACCGCUGUCACUCCGAGAGAAUCAGACUGGGGUGGUCGGCGUAAGAGAUUGGACCCGGAUCACUUGGAUUUAGCCCGCUAUCCCGGAUACCACCCCGUCUCAUUGGCAGAUCACGUCAGCUUUCCUCUUGCCUGACUCGGUACAGUUUUGGUGGCUUUCACCCUCUGGAUUUCCGGCAGCUGGAGCAAACCAUAAGGGGUGGUCGAGCACGCCGAACUGGGUGCGAUUACAGGCAAACUUGAAGUAGACACCUGCGAGAGAGAAAGGAGAGCUCUCUGGUGCAUGUUCAAAAGGUGAAAUGAACUCAAACGAAACCUGAAGGAAUAAAGGAACAGUCGUGAUUUGUCCUUUCAGGACCUUAUGCGGCCGGUAAUCAAACAAAUGAGAGUGGAGAAGGGUGCUGCCGUAGCCUGGAUUGUUGAUCUUUGCACGCACACACGCACAUGGAUUUACAGCGCCAGCCUCAAGCGGAUCGAUAUCCUUCUCGGUUUUUUUUUUGCUCGGCUUUUUUAACAAGGGAGUGAAGCAUCCUGGGAUUUAUCAUCGCUUCGUUAGCGCUGAACUACAGUGAGGCGACCCCUCGCUUCGCUCCCUCACCUGUCCGUAACCUGUGUGCUGGUGUGGAAGUGUGUAGACACUAGUGCAUAUAGUGUGUGUCUGUAGUGUGUUUGUGUGUGUGUGUGUGUGUGUGUGUGUGUGAGUUAGAAUGCGUGUGUUUGAUGUGUUGUCCGCCAGAGGGAGUGUAGGUUAUAUUGCUUGUGAAUGCAGUUGAGUACUGUGCCAGUUUUGAAUUAGCUGUACGUGACAGUGAGUGAUCGUGUCUGCAUAGUGACUGUGCUAAUGUUUAAUGUUUAUGUUUGUGCAUGUAGAUGUUUAAGCUAGGUAUUGUUGUGUGGGCACUUCCUUAAGAUGCCCAGCACUUCUUCCACACCAUGUCCCCUUUCUUGUACAUGCCUGAGUAAUAUUUGGCCCCCAGUUUGACCCCAAACACCCUUAGAGACAAAAAUAUCUGGCAAGAUGAGUGACCGCUCAGGUGCCACCCCUCUGGCACCCAUGACACUAGAGGAGCCAGGGGCUGAACAAGCAUCUCCCCGAGCCCCGGGCCCUCUACGCUGCGGCCCCUGUGCUGUGUGGCCUCGCCAGCAGACCUGGCUGUGUGCCGUGCCCCUGGUGAUGGGCUUCGUGGGACUGGGACUCAGUCUCAUGCUGCUGAAAUGGAUUGUGGUUGGGUCCGUCCAAGACUAUGUCCCCACUGAUCUGGUGGAUCCUAAAGGUAGCAUCGGACAGGACCCUAUAUUUCUCUCCAAACCCAGUGCCAUGCCCAAGGGGCCCGACAUUCCCACCGCCGCAACAACUUCAGCCGUCUCCACCACAGCGAUGGUGUCCACUACCACACCGCUGGCCGCGGAUGGUACGGCCCCUGCGCCUAGAACUCGAUCAGGGCCGCCAGCCAACCACUCGGCCAACGGCAGCACUGCCAACGGAGACGGCAACCGCGCACCCCACCUUCACAACCGUGUCGGCACCCGCAUUACAGGGACUGUGGUUACCACCUCCACCACCACACGCACCACCCGAAUCACCCCGCCACCUAGCGUUAAGGAGGUCACCCCUCGCAGCACUGUCAGAAAAGGAGGGAGCGCUGGUAAUGGACGUAAUGGAGCUGCCAACUCUAAACCUGGACAGACUUCUCCUACCUUCACCACCACAGCACCCACCACAACUACAGCUCCUGUGAAGACCACCAUCAAGGUGCAGCUGACCCCUUCCCAGUCUGUGGUUCCGGUCAAGCCUACAUCGCGCUGGAAUCACCCUCGACCAGGCAACAAGGGCCCGGCCACACGCCCACACCACCGCUUCCGAACACCUGUGGCCCCCACGCUUCCUAGUCUACAUUCAGAGGUCUUUAAACCGUGUGUAGACGACAAGGACCUGGCGUUUUGUCUAAAUGAGGGAGAGUGCUCUAUCAUUGAAACUGUGGCUGGGGUUCACAGACAUUGCAGGUGUAAAGAGGGCUACCAUGGACUCCGCUGUGACCAGUUUGUACCCAAGACGGAUGCUAUCCUGUCAGACCCAACGGAUGAACUUGGGAUCGAGUUCAUGGAGAGCGGCGACACUUACCAGAGGCAGGUGCUGUCCAUCUUCAGCAUCGCCUCGGGGAUCUGUCUGCUCGGAGUGGCAUGUAUGGCACUCUACCGCCGCAACAAAAGACACCGGGAAAAACUCCAGGCUCAUUUCUCAGAUAGCCGCAGCCUGAGGGACUGCAGUGUCAACGCCUCUGGCCUCAUGUCCAAAUCUACUCCCCGCCUUCAAUACAGCCUUCAACUCCAAAAGAGCUGCAGCUCUCAUGGAUCCUCUCUGAAGGGCAGCAGCGUGGCACGAGGCACAUCAACAGCAGCCCCACCUAUUCUCAGCAGAGCGCUGUCUAAAGGGAAACGCUUCAGGAGCAGUUCCCUUUCUCUAAGUCCUGCCCAACGACGGAGAGAGACUAACUACUUCAGGACCCCGCCUGUUUCAAGAGGAAAACAUAAAUUUACAACAAACCUCAUUGAGGGAACCAGAGCCAGCAGCCACAUCUACAAACACUUGCAGGAGGAUGAUUCUACAGACAUGGAGUCCAUUAGAAGGUGUGAUUCGGCCGCCGGAAGAGUCGGCGCCCUCCUCAACAGGACCCCGCUCUCUCACUUCGCAGCCAGAAAAGGAUGGACCGAGGUCCCCUGCACCCGCCUGGAUAAGGGAACAGCCUUCCUCCCAGCCUCCCUUCGCACCCGCUCCGUGCCCAUCAUCCCCUCGCUGCAAGCGUGCGACCUCGAGGCGGGAAAUGCAGACAUGAGCAACCACAACCAAGUAGGGCUUCUUAAGUGGCACCCGGUGCUGGAUGGGAAGACGACGCAUGUUGGCAACGUUCCUUCACCUACCUGUGGGACUGUGUUGGAACCAAACACCCCUGUUACACUGGGGUCAGAGAAGAAUCUCACACACUGCUCCUUUGAAAUUACAGUGGAACUUGCACAGGAAUUAAAACAGAGAAGCCUUUCCAUCCCGGUGAAAAUGUCGGGAUCUCACAGUGAGAUCCCACGCGGUGGCACAGACACUCUUGAGGCUCGGGAAGGCAGACGUGUCCAAAAUCCAGCCAGAGUUCUACACACAGGCGGCGGAAGCAGAGGUUUGAAGGCAGCAGGCCAAAGAGAAGCACAGGGACAGUGCCAAGGUCAGGCAUCCCUCGUGUUUGGAGGCGCAAACUGCUCCUUGGCCACCAAAGGACCCAGCUGCAGAGGAGCGGGAAACGCUAAUGCCAAGCCGUCUGCAAGCUGAUUGGAUUAAAUGUGUAAAGCUUCAAAGACAGUGUUUCCAAUAACUGUAUACCUUCGCUGGAUGGUUUAGCAGGUGGGACCAUCUGGGCGGCCACACGGACCAAUAACAGAUGGCCGUCGAUUUUUUUUUUUUUUUUUUUUUGCGAAGGAACGCGAACAGAUUGAACUGCUGAGGAAAAAAAAUAUUGACACAGCAAAGGACGUCCAAUUAUAAGAUAAAGAGACAAACAAACACACAUUGUGAAUAAAUGUGACUCAAUAAGGAAAAACAAAAACCGUGACUGGAGUGGGAGCUUGACUUAAACAGUGUAUUGAAAAAAUGCCACUAUUUAAAAGGAGCUUCUACUUAGAAACCAAAAUAGUGUGUCAUCUCUAUGUUGUUUCUCUAUUGUAAAGAAAUGAAAUUAUAUAUGUCAUAUAAUAUAUGUCAUAUAGACGUAUAUAUAUUUGACUACAAUUGUGACAAAAUAAAGACUAAGAUAACAGUGUUAAUGAAGGGCUUUGUUCAUCUUAAUCUGUCUUCACUCUGAUCUUAAGGUUUGUAAAAUAAAUAGAGUUGAUCUGAA